GCCUUAUGUAGAAUAUGAGAGAGAGAGAGCGAAAGUACUGAUUACAAAGGAUGACAGGGUUCAACACAACAUAUACUGAAAAAAUAUUUUACUGCAACAUGUAAAACCAGCAUGUACUUUUAGUUAGUACGUUCUCUUAGUUCUUGUCUGUGAACUCAUUCUCAUAGGUCUUUUGCUCUGUUUCACAAUUUACCCACAAUGCAUCACAUACUUGAUGCUUUGGAUCACGGUCAAUGUGUAUGAGCCCAACCAGUGGCUUGUGUCGUGACUGUGUGUGUGUGUGUGUGUGGCCAGAGGAAGUGCUCUUGCCUCACUGUGACAGUGCAUCAGUUGAGGGUGUGAACUGUGAAACUGUCCAUGAUUAGUAACAGUAUAUCAGUGUAGCUGACAUGCUCCCUCCGGCUUAUCUCCAACACACAGAGCCAAAGACCAUGUUCAACAAGGAUCCCCUGCUACUGGCCCUCCAAGCCUGACGACUCCACAGCACUCAGGAUCCCCCUGCUACUGGCCCUCCAAGCCUGACGACUCCACAGGACUCAGGAUCCCCCUGCUACUGGCCCUCCAAGCCUGACGACUCCACAGGACUCAGGAUCCCCCUGCUACUGGCCCUCCAAGCCUGACGACUCCACAGGACUCAGGAUCCCCCUGCUACUGGCCCUCCAAGCCUGACGACUCCACAGGACUCAGGAUCCCCCUGCUACUGGCCCUCCAAGCCUGACGACUCCACAGGACUCAGGAUCCCCUGCUACUGGCCCUCCAAGCCUGACGACUCCACAGGACUCAGGAUCCCCCUGCUACUGGCCCUCCAAGCCUGACGACUCCACAGGACUCAGGAUCCCCUGCUACUGGCCCUCCAAGCCUGACGACUCCACAGGACUCAGGAUCCCCCUGCUACUGGCCCUCCAAGCCUGACGACUCCACAGGAUUCAGGAGCAGCUAGAGCUUGACCCCAUUGGAGUGCCACUAUGGGGAAUGUGAUGAGGGGUGGGGAAAAUAGGAAUGAAACAAAUACAAACUGCCAUGACAGCGCACUAAAGGGAGAAGACGACACACUUGUCGUUCUCCAUGACUAUCCUUUUCCAGACAUCAGUGAGCCGAUCUUCAGGAUGGGAGAGAAGCUGAGGGUCUUGUCUCAGGAAGGUAACUGGUGGAGAGUCCGGUCUGGCCAAUCAGGAAGGGAGAACUACAUCCCUAAUAACUAUGUUGCCAAAGUCUACCAUGGAUGGUUGUUUGAGGGAGUGGAGAGGCAGAAGGCGGAGGAACUACUUCGUCUCCCUGAAAACAGAGUGGGAUCCUUCAUGAUCAGAGAGAGCACACAGCAGAAAGGUGUCUACUCCAUGUCUGUAAAGCACAGAUCCAUCAAGCACUAUAAAAUCUAUCGCUUGGAGAACAACGGCUGGUACUAUAUCUCUCCUCGUCUGACCUUCCAGUGCCUGGAAGAGAUGGUCAACCACUACUGUGACUCUGCAGAUGGGCUGUGCUGUGUUCUCACUGGCCCGUGUCUGUGUGGGACCGCCAACCUCCUCGACACCACCACUCAGCCACCCCCUGUAGUGAUGCGCCGCAAUAACUUUGACUGGAAGAAAGUAGACAGGAAAGAUCUGAUCAGUGCAGGGGCUCCCCAGGGGCAGCAGAACGGGGACACAAUGGUGAGCUAUGGAGUCAGGAACAGCAUCGCCUCUUACCUCUCUCUUGCUGGGGAUCAGGGCCCUAGACAGCAGCACAAGAACCACAAGAAGAAUAAAUCUGUCUAUGUCACCUCCCACAGUCUCAGCCAUAUGGACCUGGAGGAGGACUAUGAUACGUAGUGGCCUGCAUAGGCCAGUGGUUCUCAAACAUCUCUUUGGGGACCCCCAGACAUCCAUGUAUUUGAUCUAUUCCAGAGCUAGCACACUUGAUUCAACUUGUCAACUAAUCAACAUGUACUUGACUAGGUGAAUCACGUCAGCUAGUAAGGGCUAUAACAAAAUUGUGAAACGUCCGGGGGUCCCCAAGGAGAGGUUUGAGAAGAACUGGCCUAGGCUACCAGAUUCGGCAUGGGUUCGAAUCCAACCCACUGCCUUUCUGACUUGCUAUCUUUGUUGUCGUCUCUUCACUGUCCUAUCUCAAUAACAGAAAUGAAGCCCACAGAAAAUAAGUUUAAAAAAAGACUAUGAGACUUAGAGGAGCAACGGCUCAAGGACCCAGACUUUGACACAGAAAUUAGCACUUUGAACCAUGGAACUGGAUAAACUAAAAAAUGUUCUUCUGAUCUCGACACCCAGAACCAAAUCUUGCUUGUGCGCUGGCCAGAGUCUCUAUUUAAAUGUUAACCUCUGUUAUGAGAUACUAUGUUUUCCUCCAAUACACACACUGCUCCUUAUCUGAGCCUUUGGGAUUGAACUGAUAAGGAAUUGGAAGCUCAGUGGGAUAAAUCAACAGUGAAGUUGAAGUCCGUCCAGAGUCCAGAGCACUGACCGAGUGUCCUGCAAAAGUACAACACAUGUUAGCAUCAUGACAGUCGAUAUAAUAUUUGAAUGCUGUGUUGUGGGUGUUUGUGUGAAUGUGUAAUAUUCUGGGGAAAGAAAAAUGGAAGGAAAGGGGAAUACUUAGACAGCUGCACAACUGAAUGCAUUCAACUGAAAAUGUGUCUUCCACAUUUAACCCAACCCCUCUGAAUCAGAAAGGUGCGGGGGGCUGCCUUAAAAUGACGCCAUCGGCGCCCGGGGAGCAAUUGUUGUUAUUAUGGAUGUGUGUGUCUGUCGACGUGUGUAAAUGUCAAUGGUUACCAGCUUCAGAAGCUUUAGCCUAACCCCUUGCAAAGUGAUUUCUGUUGAGUACAUGUUCAUAUAAAUAAAAGUAAGGUAUUGUAUAAUCUCGGCAAACCAGAACCAAAUAUUGUGUGUGAUCUGACCAGCUCUUCUGCCACGACUCACGAGAGACUAGUGAGUACAUGCUGUUUCAAAUAGUUUCUGGAAGGGCUAUGGAGAGUUACGUCCAAAGAGCUAGAACUGCAUGCAGAUGAUAAAACAUCACAAAGAUGACUGCCCAGAACAAGUUGUCCUCUUGAAAGUAACCCAGGGCUUCAAGCCUGCACCAAAUUGAAUAGGAAUCAACAUAGCAUUCCCGAAUCCGAGAAAACAGCACAGUGAAAAGGUUCUGAUUUACCUCAGUCUGAGUCUCAGUGUAUUGUCUAGUGGGUUGUUGUUGUGGCUGAUUGUCUCUCCAAGGCCUCAUGGCGGCCAUAUGUGAUGCUGAUUAGUUUAUUGUUACUGUGAAAGCUGGUGUCUUAUCUUAGGAUGUGAACUAAUGAACUCUGUCUGAUGCAAUGAUAAUGCAAUAGAUCAAUUCCAAUGGUGUCAAUUGUGUUGUAAGGAAGUAAAGCAACAAUGUCCCAUAACUAAGACAUACAACCACAAUGGACUUAUCAUACCUCUGUCUUCACAACUUCCUCAUUCUCAGUUAAAGGGAUACUUCUGGAUUCUGGCAAUGAGGCCUUUUAUCUGUCCCCAGAGUCAGAUGAACUGGUUGAUACCAUUUUUAUAUCUCUGUGUGCAGUUUGAAGGAAGUGGCUGACUAGCACUUGCGCAAUUGCUACCUAGCAUUAGCAUAAUGACUGGAAGUCUAUGGUAUCUGCUAGCAUCUUAGCGGAUACCCAUAGACUUCCAGUCAUUGCACAUAACGCUAGUUAGCAGUGACUUGCAAAACUACCUAUAAUGUCCUUCAUACUGGACAUAAUGACAUAAAAAUGGUUUCCACCAUUUCAUCUGACUCUGGAGAAGUAGAUAAAAGGCCUCAUUGCCAAAAUCCUGAAGUAUCUCUUUAAUUAAUAACUUCUUACGGCUGAGAUCCCGUUAACGGGAUCGACUUGACAACAGCCAGUGAAAGUGCAGGGCGCCAAAUUCAAACAACAGAAAUCUCAUAAUUAAAAUUCCUCAAACAUACAAGUAUUUUACACCAUUUUAAAGAUAAACUUGUUGUUAAUCCCACCACAGUGUCCGAUUUCAAAAAGGCUUUACGACGAAAGCACACCAUCUGAUUAUGUUAGGUUAGUACCUAGUCACAGAAAAACACAGCCAUUUUUCCAGCCAAAGAGAGGAGUCACAAAAAGCAGAAAUAGAGUUAAAAUGAAUCACUAACAUUUGAUGAUCUUCAUCAGAUGACACUCAUAGGACUUCAUGUUACACAAUACAUGUAUGUGUAACACUCAUAGGACUUCAUGUUACACAAUACAUGUAUGUUUUGUUCGAUAAAGUUCAUAUUCAUUGUCACGUUCUGACCUUUAUUUUCCUUUGUUUUGUCUUUAGUUAGUAUGGUCAGGGCGUGAGUUGGGGUGGGCAGUUCUUGUUUUUGUCUGUUUCUAUGUGGGGUUUUCUAGUCUGGCCUGACAUGGUUCUCAAUCAGAGGGAGGUGUUUUGUGUUGUCUCUGAUUGGGAACCAUAUUUAGGUAGUCUGUUUUGUAUUGUGGGUUGUGGGUUAUUGUCUAUGUCAUUACGUAAGUUGCCUGUGUCUGCACUUGUUGUAGUAUAGCUUCACGUUCGUUCGUUUGUUGUUUUGUUAGUUUGUCAAGUGUUCUUCGUUUCGUCUUCGUUAAAUAAAUUCAAGAAUGUAUUCAAACCA